AUGCGAGCAAUCGACAUCAAGGGCGGCAAAGGCGGUAUCGAUGCGCUGUUCAUUGACUCGAAAUACCCCAAGCCCGAGCCAAAGGGAAGCCAGGCGCUGGUUAAGAUCAAGGCAUUUGGCCUCAACCGCAUGGACCUCUUGCAACGUGAGGGCAAGUACCCUCUUCCUCCACAGGCCGGGCCGAUCAUGGGCGUCGAGUUCUCAGGCACCGUUGAAUCGUUUGGGUCUGAACCCGAACGCGGCUUCAAGGUUGGCGACGAAGUGUUUGGUCUGGCCUAUGGGGGCGCUUACGCCGAGUACAUCGCUGUCAGCACGCACAUGCUCGUGCACAAGCCCAAAGAACUCAGCUGGGAGGAGGCCGCGGGCAUUCCUGAGACGUGGAUCACGGCAACUCAAGCAUUAUAUCUUGUCGGCGAGUUCAAGCCCGGUAUGAGCGUGCUCUGGCACGCCGGCGCCAGUAGCGUGAGCAUCGCUGGCAUUCAGCUCGCGAAAGCGGAUAAAGCGUCAGCAGUCUAUGUGACGGCCAGUACGCGGGAGAAAAUCGAUUUUGUCAAGAAACUCGGCGCGACCGAAGGGUUCAGCUACAAGGAGGGUGACUGGUCCGAGGCGCUGCUCAAGUACACGGACGGCAAGGGCGUGGAUUUGAUCGUGGACUUUGUCGGCGCCAGCUAUUUCAAUCAGAAUCUCGAUGCGGCGGCGAAAGACGGACAUAUCGUCAACCUUGGCACGCUGGGCGGCGCCGUGGUCAAAGGUGACGUUGACAUCAGUCGCUUCCUGCGUAAGAGGGUUCGAUUCGAGGGGACAACCUUGCGCAGUCGUGAUGAAAAGUACCAGCAGCGGCUGAGGGAUAUGUUGGAGGAGCAUGCGGUGCCCAAGUUCAUCAGUGGAGAGUUCAAGGUCAUUAUCGAGAAGGUGUUUGACAUGGAGGACAUCCAGGAGGCGCAUAAACUGCUCGAGUCGAACCAGACUAUGGGCAAGUUGAUCUGUACGGUGAACUGA